UUAUUUAUAUUAUAAGAUGUUGUCCCCAGAAAUGCAAAACAAAAUGGUCCAAAUUUGAUCUCUUUUAAGAGAUAAAAGGAAGGGAGGGGACAGAGAGAGGCCCGAAAUUAGUCCCGUAGAUUCAUUCGCUUCCCCCACUCUCCACUCUCCACUCUCCACUCUCCACUCUCCACCCUCCACCAACGCUACGCUCAACUCUCCUCCCACCACCCACGGACGCCGCCCACGCCCACAAUGGGCUGUACAGCUUCAAAGCUCGACCAGGAAGACACUGUCCGACGGUGCAAGGACCGCCGCCGUCUCAUGAAACACGCCGUCCGUUCUCGCCACCAUUUGGCCGCCGCACAUGCUGACUACUGCCGCUCUCUUCGCCUCACCGGUUCCGCUCUCUGUGCCUUUGCCGCUGGCGAACCUCUCUCCGUCUCCGACCAAACCCCCUCUGUCUUUAUUCACAACGCCCAAAACCCUCCCCAGCCACAUACGCCGCCACCGUUGCCGCCUAGGCGAGGAGUUUUUGGUACGAAUUCCGUCCCGCCGAGUGUUCCGUCGCCGUCGCCUUCUCUCCAUCCUCCUCCGGCGCCGCCGUCGUUUUCUACAUCUCCGUCGCACACCAUAGCGAGCUCCAAGCUUCCGCGUAUUCUCUCAGCGUCGAGUAUUUCGUCUUCCGUUCCGCACCGGCAACAUCGCCGCCGUAAACAGACGCCGAAGCUCCCUCAUAUUCUCUCGGAAUCGGAUCCUUCGUCCUCUCCGAGGAGUGAGAAAUCUAGCUUUUCUGCUUCGUUUUCCACUGCUUAUCCUAAUUCCACUUACUCCAGUACUCCUUCUCAAGCUUCCUCUGUCUGGAACUGGGAUAAUUUCUGUCCUCCAUCUCCUCCUUCCUCCGAAUUCUUCCAGAGUCGAUCUCAAAAUCAGAUACCACCCAAGCCUCAUCCAAACAACCACUACCAUGAUUACGAUGACGAAACUGAACAAUCGGAUUACACCUUCUUUAACAGGAAAUCGGAGAGCAAAAAGGACGACGGUCAUCAAUUCCAGCAACAGAAGCACCAUCUCGACGACACAGAAACAGAAAGAGAAGAAGUUCAAUGCAGCGAUUGGGGAGAUCACUACAGCACAACGAGCUCAUCAGACAUCGAUGAGAUAGACUGUACAGACGCCGAUUUGAGAUCAGAGACUGACACUCAGUCGAAUUUCGAAUCCUCGAUCCGAACGGAGUCAAUAGCGCCCGAACCUGUUACUCUUCCUCCACCAGGCAACUACGCGACGCGGAUGGAGAAAUCCGAUGACGCAGGUUCCUUCGCUGGAAGCUACCGGACCGGUGAGCUCUCGGACCUGAGAAUUGUUGUGAGGCACAAAGAUUUGAAGGAAAUUGUGGAUUCUCUCAAAGAAAACUUCGAGAAGGCGGCUGCUGCAGGAGAUCCAGUAUCGAAGAUGCUAGAAAUUGGGAAAGCAGAAUUGGAUAAGAGCUUUCGACAGCUAAAAAAGACGGUGUACCAUUCGAGCAGCGUGUUGAGCACCUUGAGCUCGACCUGGACCUCGAAACCGCCAUUGUCGGUCAAGUACCGGCUCGACACCGGUUCGCUCGAUCAAUCGGGCGGUUCAAAGAGCCUCUGCACGACAUUGGACCGGCUUUUGGCUUGGGAGAAGAAGCUUUACCAGGAAGUAAAGGCUAGAGAAGGUGUAAAAAUUGAACACGAAAAGAAGUUGUCCUCAUUGCAGAGUCAGGAGUACAAGGGCGAGGACGAAAGCAAGCUCGAUAAGACGAAGGCAGCUAUAACUAGACUGCAGUCGUUGAUUAUUGUCACGUCUCAGGCUGUCAAUACAACUUCUACUGCCAUCGUUGGUCUAAGAGAUUCAGAUCUUAUUCCUCAGCUUGUUGAACUAUGCCAUGGGUAACUCCACUCUCUUCAGUAUGUUUUUUGUGACAA